UGUCUUUUUCUAUCUUGAUAGCCCUGUGAACCUAGGUCAUAUGAUGUUAUUGCUAAGGAGUAUCUCGCUGCAAGGUUGGAAGCUACAAAAGCCAAGAAAGAAAGGGACAAGAAACGUCAGGAGCAGGCAGGCCAUAUCAUCCGGAAACUGAAGCAAGAGUUGUCUGCUCUAGGAUUAUCUGAUGACAAUUUGGCCUUAGAACAUGAGCAUGAAAUCAGUUUUAAGUUUAAAUCUGAGAGAGCAUCCAUGGGUCAUGAGCCUGUUGAUUGCUUUAAAGAAAAAACUCCAUGUCAUACUGAAGGAUUGGCUUCUGACGAAACAGCAGUUGGUGGAAGUGAUGUGGAGGGACAUAGCAUGGUGGAACAUCUUGUGAAGUCUGGUUCACCAGUUGCACAUGUGGAAAAAAAUUCAGCUGAAGGAGAGGUUGGAGACGUUGAGCUUGGUGGUUUCUUCUUGGAGGAUGUUCCAUCUUGUGAAAUAUUACCUCCUGAUAUUUUGAAAGUACAAAAACAAGAAAAAAUUAAAAGAGCAUCUGAGAAAAAUUUGGAUAAAUUAGAUGGCAUUUGGAAGAAGGGGGACCCUCAAAAAAUUCCAAAGGCUGUUCUUCAUCAACUAUGCCAGAAAUUAGGGUGGGAGGCUCCAAAGUUCGAUAAAGUUUUUGGUAGAGGAAAGAAUUACUCCUAUACUGUAAGUAUAGUGCGUAAAGCUAGUGGGAGGGGCAAGAAUAGAAAAGCUGGGGGGUUGGUCACACUUCAAUUGCCAGAUCAGAAUGAAACUGUUGAAUCUGCUGAGAUAAGUCGUGGGGACUUUGAAUGCCACCGAGGAAGAAAGGGAACUAAUCGAAAUCGGAGGAACCAACGACUAAAGAAGAUAUGGAAGCUCGAGUGGGACUGAUGGCGAGUGAAAUAGCUCGGAUGCAAGUGUCUUUGGAGGAACUUCAGGAGAUGACGAGACGAGAAGCAAAGGAAACAUAGUCAAAGCUCAUGACUUGUCAUUUCGACAAAAAUUCCGAUGAUGAGGGAGAGGGUUCGAUAAAAAAGAAAGGAUCGUCUAGUGGGGGAAAGAAACCUGGAAUGAGUGCCGGGAUGAAACCUUUGGAGGGUGAAGCUCUUGAUGAAUUUCACCAAUUGGUGAAGAAGAUCGAAGUUCCUUCAUUUAACGGGGAAGACUAGCUGGGUGGAUAUCUUGGGCAGAGAUUUAUUUCAAGAUACAAGAAACUAGCAAAGCGGUGCGUGUGAAUCUCGCUCAGUUGUGCAUGGAGGGUGGAACAAUCCAUUUUUUCAAAGCAUUAUUGAAUGAUUACGAGGAGCUUACGUGGGACGAUUUGAAGGAGUUAUUGGAUAGAUAUGGUGGUUUGGAUGAGGGGAGUGUGUUCGAUCAACUCACGUCGUUGAAACAGUCUAGAACCAUUGAGGAGUACAUCCAGACUUCUGAGAGGUUGGUAGCACAGGUACCUAGAUUACAUGAUGAUCAAUAUUUUUCCUAUUUAACCCAUGGGUUGCGCGAAGAAACUUGAGCUCACCUCAGGAGCUUGCACGUGGUGGUUCCACUAACAAGGGGAAAACUAAUGAAUGCUGCCAAAGCAAUAGAUUCAGAGAUCGGAAUGAGAAAUAAAGGAUGGCAGAAAAAAAGGAGUCGCGUGUGGUAGGGAUAGGUCAAACGGGAUUCAAAAAUUACCCAACUAUUUUGAAAUGGGUCACCACGAAGUAACAAGGAACCUGUGGAGGAGUAAAUGGGCCAGGCCCAAAUUCCAUAAAUGACCCAGGAGAUAAAAAUAAGCAAGGGCCUCGUGACCGAGGGGCCAAAUGCAUGGCCUAUCAGGAGCUAUUAGACAGAAGGCAAAAGGGCCUUUGUUUCAAGUGUGGGGGCACUUAUGACCCAAUGCACCAAUGCCCUAUUAAACAAUUAAGGGUCAUCAUGAUGGACAAUGAAUUACUUGUGGAGUGUGAGGAAGAGAAAUACGUGGCUGAAGGAGCUUACGAGGAUGAGGAGGAAGGAGGCGAGGGGGAAUGUAGUGUUAUUAGUCUUUUUGAUUUGAGCCUGGAACGACACACCCCCCCCCCCCCCACGAACACUCAAGCUGAAAGGGAAAGUUAACGAAUUGCCUCUCUUCUUACUUGUGGAUAGUGGGGCAACCCACAAUUUCAUCUCGAAGCGUUUGGUAGAGGCUAUGGGAUGGGAUUGGUAGUCCACCAAAAGCAUGUGUAUUUUGAUGGGUGAUGGUUAUACGACUAUAACUCAAGGAGUUUUUCAUGGAAUCGAAAUUGAAGUUGAUGGGGAGAAAUUUAAGAUGAAUGCAGUGCUGUUCGAUUUGAAAGAUAUUGACAUGAUAUUGGGUAUGACAUGGUUAGCUUCAUUGGGCGAAAUGAUGGUUGAUUGGGGAAAGUAGACUAUGAGGAUUUCCACAAAUCAGGGCACUAAAAUGUUGAAAGGGGUGAAUUGUGAAGAAUCAUUAGCAACAUUUCUCCAAGGAAUAAUUGGAGAAAAUGUGGAAAUGCAAGACACAAGGCUGUCAGAGAAAUAGUGUGGUGAGUUAGAAGCAGUAUUGGAGGGUUUUGAGGAUGUGUUUGCUGAAACAAGAGGUUUGCCGCCAAUGCUUUCCAAGGAGCAUCAAAUAAUACUAAAGCCAGGACAAGAGCCCAUUAAGGUUAGGCCAUACUGCUAUCCUUACUACCAGAAGAAUGAAAUAGAAAAGCAAGUCCAAGAGUUGAUGAAAAUUGGACACAUAAGGCAUAGCCACAGUGCUUACUCCAGUCCUGUGAUUUUGGUCAAAAAGAAAAAUAAUAAAUGGAGGAUGUGUGUGGACUAUAAGGCUCUUAAUAAAGCCACAAUUUCGGAUAAAUUUCCCAUCCCUAUAAUUGAGGAAUUAUUGGACGAAUUACAUGGAGCGAGGUUCUUUUCCAAGCUAGACCUCAAAUCCGGCUACCAUCAGGUUUGAAUGAAGGAGGAGGAGAUCCCUAAGACAACAUUUAGAACCCAUGAAGGACAUUAUGAAUAUCUCGUAAUGCCUUUUGGGCUCAUGAAUGCCCCAUCUAUAUUUCAGGCGUUAAUGAAUGAGGUAUUUCGUAAUUUACUUAGAAGAGGAG